CAUUACAAUAAUCAACCCCUUCGCUUCCCCUUCUCACCCUUUUUCUCUUUCCCUUUCCUCUUCAAUGGCCUACCAUUAACACCCUUCAAUCAUCUAUUUCUAUCAUUAACAUCCUUCAAUCAUUUAUUUCUAUCCAUUAGCUUCCGACGAACCUCACGUUCCUGUAAAAGUGUAAGCAAAAGCAAGAAUGUUAACAGACACAACUACGCUGGGUAGGUGGAAAGGCUAUAUAAGAAGAGAUAUGUUGCGUACGUAGUGGAUUCAGUUCAGACACUUCCUCCGUCAACAUCAACAUCAUCGUCAUCAUGUCUUCUUCCAAUAAACACUGGCCAAGCAUGUUCAAAUCCAAGCCUUGCAAUUCCCAAAACCAAUGGCAGCAUGACAACAACUCUUCUGUGUUGUCCACUGGAUGCCAAAGAAGCCCUUAUACUCCAGGAAACGAAGAGAAAGGUCCAGAACCAAAGGCAAGAUGGAAUCCAAAGCCCGAGCAAAUUCGCAUUCUAGAAGCCAUCUUCAAUUCUGGGAUGGUGAAUCCCCCAAGGGAUGAGAUAAGGAAGAUCCGGGUGCAGUUGCAGGAGUAUGGCCAAGUUGGUGAUGCAAAUGUCUUCUACUGGUUCCAGAAUCGCAAAUCCAGGAGCAAGAACAAGCUCCGCCACAUCCAAAACUCAAAGAACCACAACACAGAAAGAGAAAUCCCUCAAAUCACACCAUCUUCAACCUCAUCCUCUUCCUCUGACAAAUCCUACUCAAAAGAAUUGGUGCACCCAAAUGCCAUCUCCUUUGGCUUCUCAAAUGUCAAUGAUGCAGUUCCUAAUUCCCCCACUGCUUCUGUGAAUCAGACUUAUUUUCAGUCUCACAACCACAAUAACACCACUUUGCUGCCACCAGCGAUUCAGUCUUUCUCAUUCCCUUUGCACAACAAUGAUCAAGGCGUAAUAUUUAACAAUACCAUCACAACGCAUGGAUUUCCUGUCCCUCACUUCUCCAACAAUAUCAUGCAAUCUCAACCAAAUGUUGGACCUAGCAGUGGUUUUUUUCUCAACGAGAUCAUCAACCAUGGAACCUUCUCAAAGAAAGACCAAGAUCAGGAAAAGGCUUUAAGAUCAACAACAAGUGUUCCCCCAAUCUCAACUCUUCCAUGUCCAAUCACCCAACUUCAAGGUGUAGGUGUUGGUGAUGAGGUUACAGGAGAUAGAGCAAAAUGUAUAGUUUUCAUUAACGAUGUUGCAUUUGAGGUAAUGAUGGGACCCUUCAACGUGCGCCAAGCCUUUGGAGAUGAAGCCGUGCUUAUCCACUCUUCCGGCCCUGUCCCCACCGACGACUGGGGCAUUACCCUCCAUCCGCUGCAGCAUGGUGCUUACUAUUAUCUGAUAUAAGGAAGUGAAGCUGGAGAAGGAAAACAUGAUUUAGAUAUUUAGUUUUCUAUGUUUUCGUUUGGUUGUUCCCUUUUGUCCCUACAUAUAGUUAUUGUUACAGGGUUUGCAAUAUGGUUCAUAAAUGACUAGUUGAGUGUAGGUCUCUCAAAGUAUAGAAAUCGUGUCUUGGUUGACCAGGAUAUUUGUAUUUUCAUUUUAUGGAUACAUUGUUUAACACACCA